CUUCCUCGUCCUCAGUCUUCCCCUCCAAUCCCCAACCCCAAGAAUUCCUCUUCACACUCCAUCUCGCCGCAUUCGGAGCUCGGAUCCAACCGCUGCUGCACAUCCCACCCGAUCCCGCCCACUCGAUUCGUCGCCACCCCGCAAAGAGAGGUCUAUACCCCUUCCUUGAUCCGGCGGCCGGCGCCAUGACGAGCGGCCGCGAGCAGCCGCAGGUGGAGGCCGAGCCCGAGGCGGUGGAGCUCGUGCUGUUCCAGGUCGCCGAGUGUUACGUCUACCUGAUACCUCCUAGGAUGACGGCUGCCUCUUACAGGGCUGAUGAGUGGAAUGUCAACAAGUGGGCUUGGGAAGGGGCGCUUAAGGUUGCCAGCAAGGGAGAAGAAUGUGUCAUCAAAUUGGAAGACAAGAGCACUGGGGAGCUGUAUGCUAGGGCAUUUCUCAGAGAAGGCGAACAACAUCCAGUCGAAGCUGUAAUUGAUAGCAGCAGAUAUUUUGUACUUCGCGUUGAAGAAAAUAUAGAUGGGCGUCAGCGUCAUGCUUUUAUAGGUUUAGGCUUCCGGGAAAGAACUGAAGCAUAUGACUUCCAAGCUGCUUUACAUGACCAUAUGAAAUAUCUAAACAAGAAGAAGACCGCCGAAGAGAUGGUGCAGCAUUACGAGAAUACAUCAUCAGUGGACUAUAGCCUCAAAGAAGGGGAAACUUUGGUUCUUCAACUAAAAAAAAAAGAGACUGGCACCAAUACAAAAUCUGCAUUUUUCGAGCAAGGCCUUAACAAGCUCUCAUUCAAUGAAAAAACAAACACCAAGGAGGGCACAGUCUCCCUCAAACUCCCGCCGCCUCCCCCAUCACCCGUUUCUCCAACCGAUUCUGGAGUCUCCUUGUCCCCUUUCAAAGCAGAAUUUCCUUCCCAGGAACAACCAGCCGCGGAUGAUUCCGGAGAAGCAGCUCCUUUCAAAGCAGAAUUUCCUUCCCAAGAACAAGCACCCGCAGAUGCUCCCCCUUCAAAAGCAGAACAUGCUCCUCACGAGCAACCGGCUGCAGUAGAGAAGACCAAACAAGGAAGCGCUGAAGAUGACUUCGACUUUGGGGACUUCCAGGCUGCUGCUUGAAUCAUGUAUCUUGUACAUACGGGAUGUUUAUUACUUGGAUCACUCCUUUCCUUUCUUCUCCAUCGGUUGUGACUUGCUUCAGGCACCUGAGCUUCUGUACAGAGAGCUAUCGUGUUAUAAGCAGUAUAAAUACAUAUAAGAUGUAGCAAUACAUGGAUACAAACUGUUAUGUCCUUAGUCAA